AAUACAGAUUCUAAGAAGGCAAAUUUGUUAAAAGCUUCAUUGGAAAAGAAUAAUCCAAGCAUAAGUAUUUUCAAUAAAAGGAUAAAAGUUGACAGAGAUGUUUGGCCUGAAAAAAUAUACUCUUGUAUGUUUGGAUGCAAGUGCAUUGUUAUAAUUUUAACUACAUCCUACUUAAGUUCCAAAUCCUGCCAAGAUGAAUUCAAUAUGGCUCUCUGCUAUAGACGACAAGCUGAAGAUAUUAUUUUGGUUCCCUGUAUACUGAGACAAUGGAAAAUCUACCCCCAGUUAUAAGUAACAUACAAUAUAUGGAUUGUCGAUUAAAUGAAAAUGAAAAUAUUAAAGAAAAGUUUCGAAGUGUUUCUGCGGAUAUCAAUAAGAAGCUACUUCCAUCAUUACUGCGUCCCACAACUGCUCAAGCACAAACAUCUAAGAAAACAACAUAUGAUAUUUUUGUGUCUUACCCUACAAAAAACACAGAAGAAAUGAAAGUAGUGUAUGAAAUUUUGACUGAACACAAUAGUGACUUGAAGAUAUUUUACGAUAAAUUGGAAUUAGAGACAGGUAGUGAUUGGCAGCAAUCCAUCUACAAAGCUUUGGAAUGUUCUAAAUGCUGUGUCAUCCUCAUUGCACCAGCAUACUUCGAAUCUCUUAUGUGCCAAGAAGAAUUCAGUAUUGCCAUUGCUUUGAGUAUCUCUGAAGAAAGAACAAAUCCUAUGGUUUUGGUACCUGUCUGCAUUGAUGAUGUGCCGUCAACACCUCAGUGGUUUGGUCCUCUACAUAUGAUAGAUGCCCGGGGAGAUUGUUUGGUUCCUGUUCUGAGCUGCUUAUCACCUCUUCUAAAUAAAUGCUACAAAGACCAAACUUUGCAACAUGAAUUUAGUUGGAUGACGAGUAAAAGCAAAUUGAACAAUGGAAAUAUUACUCUCUUGGAUCAAUUAUCACUUCUCAGACAAAUUCAACUUGAAGAUAAUUACGAACUCAAGGGAAAAAAGAUAACUGCUAAAGCGGAUUAUGAUAUUUAUAAAAAACCAUGCAAAAUACUCUUUUGUUUUGCACCCCAAGAUAUGAAAUUUGCUGCCAUUUUGAUUUCAAUUCUUCAAGAUCUUUUCUCAGAGAUGCAGGUCCUUCUCUUCAGCACAUCAAUUCAUGACAGAUUGGCUUUACUUGAAGAAGCAGAUGUAAUUGUAAUGUUUGUGUGUGAUGAUUAUUUUGAAUCUUCAAAAUCUCUUGAGGAACUAAACAUAGCUUUCAAUCGUCAACGGAAAUCGAAACAGAGACUUUUGCAUUUUGUCUGUACUGAAAAAAUACCAACAUUCCUUUCAUAUUUUCAAAUUUUACCCUAUAAUGUAGUGUUUAGUGACAGCUGCUGGCAUACAAAGAGGGGUAAAUAUGUAAAUACAAAGGGUAUGGUUACUGUCACUGUUUCAGAAAUAUGUGGAAAAUAUUCAUAUGAAAUUCCUGAAUAUAUGGCUUUGCAGAAAUUAGCUUUAGAUAUUAUUUCUUCCGUUUCAGCAAAAUCUUCAGAUAAUAAGGGAAAUCUUGUUAAUCUUUUUAACAUACAACCAGAAGAGACUCAAGUUUUGUCUUUAGAAGAAUGUAUUAUAACAUGGCAGAAAGAAAAAAGUGAUGAUGAUGUUCAUGAGGAAGAAAAUAAGAAAGAAGAGAAAGAGAGAGAAGAUGAAAAAGAAGAAAAAGAAGAUAAUAAGUAUGAGAAAGAAGUAAAUAAGAAAGGGGAAGAAGAUGAAAAAGAAGAAACUAAUAUUAGGAAAGAAGAAGAAAAAGAAGAAAAUGUACAAGUAAAAGAAGAAGAUACCCAAAUUAAAAUAACCUUGGUGGAGGAAAACUUGGAAAGCAGGAACGGAUUUGAUGGAAAAGUAGAAGACAGUACUGAAGUAAAUGAUAAUAAUGGAUUGGAUUGUAACAGUUCAGUUAGUGUGUGCUGUGUAAAAAGAUUUUCUAAUGGAAUGACAAACCAAAACUCUGAGGCAGGCAACAAGAGUUCCUGUACAACAAUGGAUGACAUGGCACUCAAGAUUUCUGUAGAUGAUGAAGACACAGAAAAUAUUUUAAAUGAGGAAGCAAGAAAUGAGCCUAGCACAGAAAAUUUACCAAAUGAAAAUGAGAAUGAGAAUAAUGAACUUAAUGAAGGAAUAAUCCCAGAGACUGAAAGUAUUCCUGUUCAAGAUGUUAAAAGUUCUGAAGAUGUAAAUAAUUCCUCAUCAUCAAACACAAAAAAUGAUGAAAAUCCCUGUGAUAAUAAAGCAACACCUAAACAUCGCAAAUCAAAACAUAUAUGUAUAAUUCUCUAAAAGGGAAAAUAUUUGGCAAAAACAAACAAACAAAAAAAAAGAAAAAAGAACCUUUCAAAUUUUUGUUAAAUCACACAAAAUGAUAAUCUAAUUAUAUAAUUUUCCAUCUAAGAAGUAUUUGUAAUUAUGUAUAAAGUCCUUUUCAAAUUAA